CAUGCGCGUUCGAUUGUUUUGACUGAAAAUGCCGUCCGUUUCGAAAACGGCGGUGAGCGCCUCUCCUCAAACAGAGAAACCAACCCACUACACCUACCUGAAGGAGUUCCGGACGGAGCAAUGCCCGCUCUUCCUGCAGCACAAGUGCACGCAGCACCGGCCCUUCACGUGCUUCCACUGGCACUUCCUGAACCAGCGGCGGCGGCGACCCAUUCGGCGGCGAGACGGCACCUUCAACUACAGCCCCGACGUGUACUGCACCAAGUACGACGAAACGACGGGCAUCUGCCCCGACGGGGACGAUUGCCCUUACCUGCACCGGACGACUGGGGACACAGAGAGAAAAUACCACCUGCGCUAUUACAAGACCGGCUCUUGCAUCCAUGAGACCGAUGCCCGGGGGCACUGUGUGAAGAACGGUCUGCACUGUGCCUUCGCUCACGGGCCCCAUGACCUGCGUCCGCCAGUUUAUGACAUCAGGGAGGUACAGGCUCAAGAAGCUCUCCAGAAUGGGCAGCUGGGUGCAGGGGAGGGCAUCCCUGAUCUGCAGCCAGGCGUGCUAGCUAGUCAGGCAAUGAUCGAGAAGAUCCUCACUGAGGACCCUCGCUGGCAAGAUACAAAUUUUGUUUUGGCCAACUACAAAACGGAGCAGUGUACCAAACCCCCCAGGCUAUGCAGACAAGGCUACGCGUGUCCACAUUACCACAACAGUCGGGACAGGAGAAGAAAUCCACGCAAGUUCAAGUACAGGUCAACACCAUGCCCGAAUGUGAAACACGGGGACGAGUGGGGCGAGCCCGCCAAGUGUGACAGUGGGGAUAGCUGCCAGUACUGCCACUCACGCACCGAGCAGCAAUUCCACCCGGAGAUAUACAAAUCCACAAAAUGCAAUGACAUGCGGCAGACAGGUUACUGUCCCAGGGGACCUUUCUGUGCCUUUGCACACGUGGAAAGAAUUUCCUCCACAGAGGAGACAUUGAAUUCCCUGCUCACUGUGAUGAAUAUGGGCCACCAAUCGAAGUGUGCCUCCCAGCAGUUUUCUGAGUGCGACUGGGGUGGCAGUGCAAACUGUGGUGCCUCCACUGCUGCCGGCGAUGGCCAAGGGCUUGUUUCAUGCUCUGACAGUCCUGUAACAUCAAGCUCAGGAAGCAACAGCUCCUUGUCCCCAAUCGGACCCAUCAGCAGACCUAAAUGCUUUACCAAUGGCAGCUUGUGCUCAGAACCCAACGUGUCUGGCGUUUCAUCUCCAACGUCAGACUAUCCCAAAGCUCCAGGCUUCGAACGCGAAGAUCAGGCAAAAAUGCUGAAAGGUUACACAGUGGAGAGCAGUCAAAGAGCGGACCAAGAAAAACAGAACCUUAUCAGUGUUUUCUCUACGGCGAACCCACUGGGUUGUAACAUCACAUCCAGCAUCACGUCCAGCCUGGCCUCCAGUGUCGGCUCUGAUAGCUCCUCCCCGACCACCUUGUCAACGAUGAAUGCAAAAGCUGCUCCAUUUUAUCCAGGGAGCAACACAGUUGAGUCAGUAAUAGGCUCUGCUCUCGACCUGAAUUUCACGGACAUCAACGUUGCCUCACUUGACGAAGAGUUAGAGGAGCAAGACAAUGGUGACAUUGGUCUAACAAACACGAGGCUUCUGGGCAGCUCGGCCCCAGUCAACAUUCCCGGCUCCCUGGCGCGCUCCUCCUCGCUCCACUCCUCCUCCUCGCUUUCGGCCUCUCCGCUCGGCUCUCUCUCGCAGUCCCUCCUGUCUGGCAUGGCACCCCAGCAGAGCCAGGCGCAGACCCCCCGCGCUAACGCAGAGUGCGCCCUCCUGGGAACCUCCGUGUCCUCCCAGAACACCCUAGGGCUGAACGGAGGAGCUGGCAGCAGUAUUUGGGACUUUGUGAGCGGAAACUACUCUCCCAGCCCUUCGCCGGUGUUCAGCACCGUUGCCCCAGUGACCUCCAGCAGCACAGACCUGUCUCAGCUGCGCAGGGAACUGGAGGAAGCCAGGAGGAAGAUUGAGCAGUGGGAGGAGGCCUGGCGCCAGGUGAAGCAGGCCUGCGACGCGUGGCAGAAGGACGCUCAGGACGCCAGAGAGCAAGCCGAGGCCUCCGAGGGGGAGCGGCAGCGAGCGGCGCAGAGGCGCCAGGAGGCCGAGCGCAGGCUGCAAGAGCUGCAGGAGAACUUUGACGCGGCAUGUCGGUCCCCGGGCGCACCCCUGCUGCGCAGCUACGGAGAACUGGACCAACUUCCCCUGCCGAAGCUCCUCUCCAUACAGAACCAGCUGCGCACCGACCUCGAGCUCAUCGACACGGUAAUAUAUCAGCUUCAGUCAAAGAAAUGUAUAGUUUGCCAAAAACACGAUCGUUGCAUAGUUCUGCAGCCUUGCCAGCAUUAUGUCCUUUGUGGGAACUGCGCACCCAGCAAAACAGAAUGUCCUUAUUGUGAGACAAAAAUACUGAGCUGGUGAUGUACACCCAUUUAUGGUACUAUCCAUCUAUCUAGCUGUUUGAAGAACUACGUACUAAUAUUUUAUGCUAGCAUUUUAGAAAUAGCAUUUUUUUUGUUAUUUAGUUUUUCUAGUAGUAACUGAAUUUAAAAAGGUAAUGGUGUUUGACUGACACACUGAUACAUAUCUAGUAAUUUCUGUAGAGAUU